CCAAGUUUCCGUACUGUAUGUAUACUGUGGUUUGAAUUGAAUAGUGACACAUACGUGACAUUUCUGUUCCUGCUCAAAUUUUUCAUUGGAACUGAAAAGGUUUAUUUAUAAUAUAACUUUCAGGUGUUUCAAUUUUGAUAUUAGUUAGCCUAAGUUGCCUUAUUCAAAUUUAUCAAAAUAAAUUAUGAAUUGAUAUUAUAAGUAAAUACUUGGGUAGCUCUUGCCGCGGAUUCUGUCAUGAUUGAGGUAAACACUGUCAAUUUAAAGAAUUGUGGAGGUGUGGGAAACAGUAAUGAUGAAAGUCAUGUUGUCAACGAGUAUAUUUCCAACAACAUCAAGAAUGAAAUAGACAUCGAUGAGACCCCAAUUCAGGAAUUAAAACAGUAUGAUGUCGAUAUUAGUAUAGUUAAACACGAGGUAGAAGACGACAAUUUCCAUGAAAACGAAUCACUGGAGGAGGAGAAAGAGAAGGAUGACAAAGAAGAAGGAGAAGAAGCAAAACAAGAUGAUGAUGACAAUGAUAAUGAUUUCUCUGAUCACAUCAAGGAUGAAAUAGAGAUUGACGAAAAACCAUUUCAGUUUCCCAUGGAGGAUAUUCCUUGUAAUAUUGCUUUUGGUUCAGUAAAGCAUAUUCAGAAUGAAGAUGUAAACGUUGGUGUUGCCAAUAUUAACUGCAAAGCUGAAAAUGUGAAGAAUAAGAUAGAUAUCAAUGAAGGAAUUAGCAUAAAAGAGGAACUUGAAUUCAUUAAGAAAGAUUUCUUGAAUGAAGAUGCAGUGGACCCACUACUACCAAAGGUAGAAGCCGACAAUUUCCAUGAAAACGAAUCACUGCAGAAGGAGAAAGAAAAGGAUGGCAAAGAAGAAGGAGAAGAAGCAAAAAAAGAAGAAGAUGAUGAUGAUGAUGAUGAUGAUGAUGAUGAUUUCUCUGAUCACAUCAAGGAUGAAAUAGAGAUUGACGAAAAACCAUUUCAGUUUCCCAUGAAGGAUAUUCCUCGUAAUAUUGCUGUUGGUUCAGUAAAGCAUAAUAUUCAGAAUGAAGAUGUAAACGUUGGCGUUGCCAAUAUUAACUGCAAAGCUGAAAAUGUGAAGAAUAAGAUAGAUAUCAAUGAAGGAAUUCGCGUAAAAGAGGAACUCGCAUUCGUCAAGAAAGAGUUCUUGAAUGAAGAUGCAGUGGACCCACUCCUACCAAAGACUGAGCCUGUUGAACCCUAUGGUAUUAGCAAUUCUCAAAUGGAUAGUGACGAAUUCCAACGCUUUGGCCAUGUGGCAGUUGUAAGUCUAUGCAGAUUGGAAGAUUUAGCCUCAGAUGUUGGACGGUCCUUGGACGUCCAAUCGUCCAAUCAAGAUGACGAACCAUCAGUUGAAGGAGGAUCUAGUAACAGUUUAGGAGAAGGAAGGCUGCAGUUGAGGUGUUUGAGAAAGUACCGCAUCAAUACAUCAGAGAGAGGAGGAGAUGCUGAGACCAUUCAAAAGUCCAAGCACAGGAACAUCAAAGCCUAUCAUUGCAGCAGGUGUAAGUUCACUUGCCUGACAAAGACUCGACUGGAAGACCAUCUACAGAGUCACGGAAAGGCAAAGCAUGUAUGUUCAGUUUGUGAAUACAUGACGCAAGAUUCUUCUCUAUUUGAAAUACAUUCCAAGAUUCAUGAAUGUGGAAAACCACCUUACGAGUGUGAUGUAUGUGAUUAUAAAACCAUAGAAAAAUCAAAGUUCAUAAUACACUGUAGAAGGCACACUGAAGAGAAGCCCUUCACUUGUGGCAUAUGUAAUUCCAAAUUUUUUCGUAAAUCUCAUUUGGCUGUACAUAUUGCAAGACACACUGGAAUAAGACCCUAUAAGUGCGAGAAGUGUGAUUACAAAGCCACCACCAGACAUUCUUUGAAAUUACACAUUGGACGGAUUCAUCUCAGACAGAUUCAAAAAAAGAACUUCUGUUGUAGUCAGUGUGAUUCAGCAUUUUUUUACCGGUCAGAUUUGUUAGACCAUGAAAGGUGCAUUCAUAAAGGGGAUGAGGAAAUGAUCUACAGCUGUACAAUAUGCAAAUUCAAAUGCAACAGGAUGAGAAAUUUGCAUUUUCAUAAGAGAAUUCAUACUGUAAAGAAAACAUUGAGUUGUAAUGAGUGCAGUUUCAAGUGUUCCAAGCCCAGCAAACUGAAUGAGCAUAAAAGAAUGCAUAGUGGAGAAAAGCCUUUCAAGUGUAAUGUGUGCCAAUAUACAGCUGCCAGGAAAACAUAUUUGAAAUUGCAUAUAAGAACUCAUACCAAAGAGAAGCCUUACUGCUGUGAUCAAUGUGACUACAGGGCUGCAUCUUCAUGUGGUUUGUCAAUUCAUAAAAAAACUCAUUGUCCUACUGGUGAAAAACGUUUCAAAUGUGAUAUUUGUGGUUUCAAUUGCAAUACUUUAGGAAAUUUAAAAACUCAUAUUAGAACUCACACUGGUGAAAAACCGUUUAAAUGUGAUAUUUGUAGUUUCAAUUGCAAUGCUUUAGGAAAUUUAAAAACUCAUAUUAGAACUCACACUGGUGAAAAACCGUUUAAAUGUGAUAUUUGUGAUUACAAGAGUGCACAGUCAUCCUAUUUGAAAACUCAUGUUCGAGUUCAUCAUAGUGGUGAGAAACCAUUUAAAUGUGAUAAUUGUGAUUACCAGAGUUCAGCUUCGUCAACUUUGAAAAUCCAUGUUAGAACUCAUCACACUGGUGAAAAACCGUUCAAGUGUGAUUUUUGUAAUUACAGGAGUGCACAGUCAUCCAAUUUCAAAAAACAUGUUCGAACUCAUCACACUGGUGAAAAACCGUUCAAGUGUGAUUUCUGUAAUUACAGGAGUGCACAGUCAUCCAAUUUGAAAACACAUGUUCGAACUCAUCACACUGGUGAGGAACCAUUUAAAUGUGAUAAUUGUGAUUACCAGAGUUCAGUUUCGGCAUCUUUGAAAAACCAUGUUAGAACUCAUCAUACUGGUGAAAAACCAUUUAAAUAACUGUAUGUUUUUGAUCACAAAUGUCAUCCUCUUCAAAAAUUUAUGCUAGAACUGAUACUGGUGAACACCCUUUCAGAUGUGACAUUGUGUGCCAGGGUGACAAUUAUACAAUCUACAAAUACAUAAAAAUAAGUAUCAUGAAACAUUAUAGUGUAGUUGAAGGCUCAGUUUCUGUGCCUUUGAAACAUACUGUUCUAUGUAGUAUUGUUCCACAACUUAAAAAAUCGAAAUUAUCUAAUAUUUUACUUCUUCAAGUAACUUCUACUCACAUAUUUAACUCUUUGAACAGAAAAAUUUGAUCUGUCGUAUUUUUUCAUGUAUAUGCUACUCAUUAUUUCAUUUCUGUAUUAUUAGCAUCUUUAGAUCUAAAUAUAUUGGCCUGAGAUAUUA